CAGAAAAACGGUCACUCCAUAUUUUACUCCGCUGCUGAAGCUGAAAAGGUGAGCAAUAACCAGUUCAGCAAACUGGGAAUUAAAUUUCCCAAAACUAUUUUGUGACUGUGCAAUAGACGUUUGAAAAUUGGAACGAUUUUGCAAUGGUAUAUUCCCAGAGAAGAAAUACAGGAUCCCGGCGUCUGCUGCUCUCGCUUCUGCUCCUCACAACCUGGGAGGCUGGCAGCGGCCAGGUCCACUACUCCGUCACUGAAGAGGCCAAACACGGCACCUUCGUGGGCCGCAUCGCCCAGGACCUGGGGCUGGAGCUGGCCGAGCUGGUGCCCCGCCUGUUCCGCCUGGCGUCCAAGGGCCGCCGGGACCUUCUGGAGGUAAACCUGCAGAAUGGCAUUCUGUUUGUGAAUUCUCGGAUCGACCGCGAGGAGCUGUGCGGGCGGAGCGCGGAGUGCAGCCUGCACCUGGAGGUGAUCGUGGACAGGCCGCUGCAGGUGUUCCACGUGGAGGUGGAGGUGAGGGACAUUAACGACAAUGCGCCUAGGUUCUUCAGACAGGAACAGAGAUUAUUUAUCUUGGAGUCAAGAAUAGCGGAUUCCCGGUUUCCGCUAGAGGGCGCAUCUGACAUGGAUAUCGGAGCAAAUGCAGAAUUGAGAUAUAAAUUAAGUCCUAGUGAAUACUUUGACUUGGAUGUUAGAGCAAACGAAGACGAAACAAAUUUUUUAGAGCUGGUUUUGAAGAAGCCAGUAGAUAGAGAAGAAACCCAAGAACAUAGUUUAAUGCUGAUUGCAACUGAUGGAGGAAAACCAGAACUGACAGGUACAGUUCAAUUGUUGAUUACUGUAUUAGAUGCAAAUGAUAAUGCACCGGAAUUCGACAAAUCAAUUUAUAAUGUCAGAUUAAUGGAAAAUGCACCAAAUGGAACAUUAGUUAUUAAACUGAACGCCUCAGAUGCAGAUGAGGGUAUUAAUAAGGAUAUAGUAUACCUCUUCAGUAAUCUUGUUCUAGAUAAUGUAAAAUCUAAGUUUACAAUAAAUUCUAAUAGUGGGGAAAUAAGAGUUAAGGGAAAACUGGAUUACGAAGAGUGUAAAUUAUACGAAAUUAAUAUUGAUGCUGUAGACAAAAGUACAUUCCCUUUAACUGGACACUGCAAAGUAAUAGUGAAAAUCCUGGAUGAGAAUGAUAAUACCCCAGAGAUGGUCAUAACCUCCCUAUCUCUGCCUGUCCAAGAGAACUCUCCGCUGGGCACUGUCAUCGCACUGAUCAGUCUGUCUGAUCGAGAUUCAGGUGCCAAUGGGCAAGUGAACUGCUCUCUGACACCCAACGUUCCUUUCAAACUGGUGUCCACCUUCAAGAACUACUAUUCGCUGGUGCUGGACAGCGCCCUGGACCGCGAGAGCGUGCCGAGCUACAGGGUGGUGGUGACCGCGCGCGACGGGGGCUCGCCUCCGCUGUCGGCCACGGCCAGCGUGUGGGUGGAGGUGGCCGACGUGAACGACAACGCGCCCGCGUUCGCGCAGCCCGAGCACACGGUGUUCGUGAGGGAGAACAACGCGCCCGGCCGCCACAUCUGCACGCUGUCGGCGCGCGACCCCGACGCGCAGGAGAACGCGCGGGUGUCCUACUCGCUGGUGGAGCGGCGGGUGGGCGAGCGCGCGCUGUCGAGCUACGUGUCGGUGCACGCGGAGAGCGGCCGGGUGUUCGCGCUGCAGCCGCUGGACCACGAGGAGCUGGAGCUGCUGCAGUUCCAGGUGAGCGCGCGCGACGCGGGCGUGCCGCCUCUGGGCAGCAACGUGACGCUGCAGGUGUUCGUGCUGGACGAGAACGACAACGCGCCCGCGCUGCUGCCGGGCGGCGCGGGCGAGCUGGUGCCGCGCUCGCUGGGCGCGGGCCACGUGGUGGCCAAGGUGCGCGCGGUGGACGCGGACUCGGGCUACAACGCGUGGCUGUCGUACGAGCUGCUGCAGCCGGCGGCGGCGGCGGGCGGCGCGCGCGGCCCGUUCCGCGUGGGGCUGUACACGGGCGAGAUCAGCACGACGCGCGCCCUGGACGAGGCGGACGCGCCGCGCCAGCGCCUGCUGGUGCUGGUGAAGGACCACGGCGAGCCGGCGCUCACGGCCACGGCCACGGUGCUGCUGUCGCUGGUGGAGAGCGGGCUGGCGCCCCGCGCGUCGUCGCGCGCGCCCGAGGGCGCGGCGGGCGCGCCGACGGCGCUGCUGGACGUGAACGUGUACCUGAUCGUCGCCAUCUGCGCCGUGUCCAGCCUGCUGGUGCUGACGCUGCUGCUGUACGUGGCGCUGCGCUGCGCGGCGCCGCCGGGCGAGGGCGAGGGCGCGGGCGCGGCCGGGAAGCCGGCGCUGGUGUGCGCCAGCGCGGUGGGGAGCUGGUCGUGCUCGCAGCAGCGGCGGCAGAGGUGUGCUCCGGGGAGGGUCCGCCCAAGACCGACCUCAUGGCCUUCAGCCCCAGCCUUCCUCCGUGUCCUGGAGUGACGAAUAUGGGCGAGCAUCAAGAUUUAAAUGAUGCUCAUU